CCAGUGUGACUGUAGGACGCUGCUGCCUCAGGUGUGGCCAUCCAACUUUGUUUUCUCUAAAGGCUCUUUAGUCUGUGGAUGUGUAGCAAUAGUGCGUAGUGAUGGAGCGAGGUGGCGGAGGAAGCAGCAGCGGUGGUGGUAGUGGCCUUGGGGAGGACAAUCGAUGCGCCUGCGGGAGGACCCUGCAGAUGGUGGGCGUACAUGUCACCCCGACCACCGGCGGCCAGUUCGAACUCCGGGUCGCCGCCACGGAUUCCAUCGAGUUCCUCCGGCGGCUGGUCUCCAAGCGUCUCCGUGUCCCCAAGGAGCGGAUCUGCCUCCUCUACCGCGACAGACACCUGCGGGAAGGCACGCUAGAGGACAAUAGUAUCAUGGAUGGAGCGAGGAUUACCCUUCUUCCCUCCGUCGAGACUGGACUAUUGGUGAGUACUGUUGGUGACCUGUGUUGGAGAGUACUGUUGGUGAUUGGUGACCUGUGUUGUGUUGGUGACCUUGAUAGUGUGACCUUUCUUGGUGACCUUGAUUAUGACCUAUUGGUGGCCUUAAAAUGGUGAUCUUUUCAAUGUGACUAUCUCUUGGUGAUUCUAUAUGGUGAAGGAAAGAAGGAAGGAAGGAUAAAGGGUAAAACUAGAAG